AUGAAUUGUACAACGGCUCAUGAAAUGUGGUCAAAACUGCACAGUGUUUACGAUCUUAAAUCCGAAGAGAGCCUUGCGUUGGUACAAAAGCAAUUUUUUGAAUUUAAGUGGAGUCAUGAUGGUGGUAUUGCGCAUCACAUAUCAAGUCUUGAGCAGCUGGCAAACAAGAUGGAUAAGUUGGGUGGUAAGAUACCGAAAUCUAUGUUGAUAACGAGAAUACUCUCCACAUUACCAACUAAAUUCAACUUCUUUCACAGUGCUUGGGAUUCCACAGAACAAAGCAAACGUACUUUAGAAAAUUUGACAACAAGACUACUAACUGAAGAACUAAGAUUUGGCAGUCAAGAAAAUGUUGAAGAUGAGUCUAAAGUAGCGUUAGUUUCAGGAAAGUUUGCUGGAAAGAAAAAUCGUUUCGGGAAGUCAUCUUCAGCUGAUUCUGUGACGCGUUGUUCGUUAUGCCGCAAAAACAACCACACGUUUAAAGACUGGACAGAAAACUGGACAAAAAGGCAUUGA